AUGCUUGGGGUCGGGCUCUGGCUGUUGCUGGAGUCCGAGACCUGCAGGAAAACAAGCCCCGCGUUGUAUUGCUACGUGCAGGCGUAUCUGGUGUUCUUCUUCGUGACGCAGCUCUUGGCAUGCUCCUUCGUUGCCGGCAUGGUCGGGGUCGUCUUGUGGAUGCACCGCCGCGGAUUGCUUGACAGACUUUUAGAUGACGGACCCGGGCCCCACAUGGCGGCGCGGAAGGACCUGGUCCAGGAGCUGGAGACGGUCGACUGCGACCCAGAGCUGUUUGGCGAGCAGCCCGACGAGUGCUGCAUAUGCCAG